AACUGUAUGCAACAAUCGUUGAUCGCCGCAUGUCGUACGAAGUAUUUAUUUAAAUGCGAGCUUAUCACAACAGUAGAAUUCGAUUUUGUUAAAGUUCAUAUCGUCUUUCGUUCUCUGUCGGUCCCAUUUGAAGCGUCACACAUUUCAAACGUUACAUCCUCGUAACCCCAUUAUGUCUGGUAAAGUAGUAAAAAGAGCUCCUAAGAAAAAAGGUGCGAACGCCUACAAAUUACCCGAUCCAAUAUCACCCGGCGAGAUACUAACAGACAUGACGAAGAAGCAGUGGAUUCUUGGCAAGUCGAUUGGUGUUGGAGGAUUUGGCGAAAUUUAUUCUGCUGCUCCUUAUGUCGGGAAAUCUCCAAAAGAUUAUCACAAUGUCAUCAAAAUUGAACCACAUGGAAAUGGACCAUUGUUUGUAGAAAUGCAUUUUUAUAUGAGGAAUGCCAAACCAGAUGAAAUUGAUAAUUGGAGGAAAAAAAAGAAGCUUCCUGUGCUUGGUAUGCCUUGUUAUAUUGGCUCUGGCAGUCAUGAAUACAAAAAUACUAAAUACAGAUUUGUAGUAAUGGAUCGAUAUGGCAUGGACUUAUGGAAACUGUUUGAAGAAAAUAAUAGACGAUUUCCAGAACACACAGUAUAUAAAGUAGCUUUACAAAUAGUAAAUGUAUUAGAAUACAUCCACUUUAAAACGUAUGUACAUGCAGAUAUAAAAGGAGCAAAUUUAUUGUUAGACUUGAAAUGUCCAGAUCAAGUAUAUUUAGUAGAUUUUGGAUUAGCAUCUCAUUGUACAACAAAAAAUGAAUAUAAAUUAGAUCCGAAGAAAGCCCAUAAUGGAACCAUUGAAUAUACUAGCAGAGAUGCCCACAUGGGAGUGCCAACAAUGCGUGGUGAUUUCGAAAUUUUGGGCUACAAUAUAAUUCAAUGGUUAUGUGGUUCACUCUUAUGGGAAAAAGACUUAACAAAUCCAGCCACGGUACAAACACAAAAAGAAAAAGCAUUUGAGAAUAUUCCAGAGUUUUUAAAUAAGUCUUUUCAAGGAUCGAUUCCGAGUCCUGUACUUAAAUAUAUGAGUCAGUUAGCAAGUAUGAAGUUCAAUGAUACACCGGAUUAUGAAAAAUUUAAGAAAAUACUAGCGGACGGCUUAAAGCAGCUGUCGCAUAAGCCGGAGGGGAAGUUGGAAUUUAAAAGUGAUGUUAAUAAUCAUAAAGGACAGGUUCCGAAGUCCAGGACUCCGCAAAAGGUAAAGAAGACAACAGUAGAUAAGAGUAGGAAAAGUCCACGUGUGAGAGCACUAAAGAAACUAAGUCCUGUAAGGAAUCUUGAUGAUAGUACUGUAGGUAUUGUAAUGGAUAAAAAGCGUGGUGGCGUGAGAGAUAUAAAACAAAUAUUAGACGAUAUUGAAUCUGAUGAAGAAUAUGAUAUAAAAAUAGUUAAAAAAGUGAAAAAAGUUGACAAUUCAGUUCCCGUAAAUAAAUCUGAACGUAAAACGACUGUGGUAAAAAGAAGGAAAAAAAUUCAAGUGAACAACCGCAAUGAGUCAAUGUCAGAUUCUGAAACAGAGAUUAUGUCAAAAGGAACAAGAUCACGUCCUAGCCCAGCCCGAAAGGCGACAUCAAGAAAUAAGAAAGUACAUACAGAAUCAUUGACGGCCCCGGAGAAUGCCUCUGAUGAUGAUAUGUUCUCUGUUUAAUUUUCGUAAACGUAACCGAUUUUGUUCCGAAUGCGUUUUACGCAUUAAACCGAAUUUUUAGUCGACAGAAUACUUGUACAUUGAUGUAUUUAUUUCGAAAUUUGUAAAGCCGUGCUUUGUUAAUACGUUAACUGUAUAAAAGGAGUACUAUUUGCAAGUACACUUUACCUUUCAUGUAACUUGUACUGACAAAAAUCAAUAUAUAUUUUGAUACUUGUUCACGUUAAGAGACUUGUAUAAAGUAUGUAAAAAAAAUUCGGAAUUGCAGCCUGGAGUACUAACUAUCAAACAGUAUUAAUUAUCCAGAACUAAA